CGAGGACAGGCGGGCGCCCACAGCUGCGUGGGUAGUAUUUAUCCCGUCCAUCGUCAGACCUGCCAGACUGCGGUCGCCUGCCCUCGCCCUCUCUACGUUUCUUGCCUCCAAUCCGCUUGGGGCGUCCCCGCCGGUGUGCAGUCUUUGGGCCAUGCGAUAUCGCGCAACUCUGCCUAUCUGCUCUGUCCACGUCCUCAACGCCCUCGAAGCAACUCGUACUUGGGCCGCCAUACGCUACACGACAAAGCCCUAGGCAUUGUAGAGCAUCCAUCACGAACACCCCUGGAUUCGCCUGGCGUUGCGGCAUUGGGCCGCCAUACGACCAACAGAAGAAUGACGACCGACCGCGCCUGAAGAUAAUACCACAGCCGGUACCAUGCAGUCCGCGAGCCAUCAAGGCCGCGAUGAUGGACCGGUCAGACACGACCCAGAUACUGGACGCUCUGAAGAUGCCCGAAGGGAUGGCAUCCCAACUAUCCGCCAGAAGUUGGAAGAGGUCGCCCGUGACCAAAAAGCAUUAUCCCGCGCACGAGAGAAGUUACUCAUCGACCGGGCGAAACUGAGGAACUCCAGGAAAUCGCUAAACACCCAUCGCAUAGCUACAAGCGAUGCCGAGGUGCAUUUCAUGAACCUCGUCCGCCAAUUCUACAACGAGCAUAACGGCACCUUCCCCGAGUCGCUUGCUGCUGCGUAUGACCGAGUCGUGGAUGGAAGGGACAGGAUUGGCACCAUGGAGGAAGAAUACAUGCAGGCCGAGCGCACACUUGGAGGGUCUGAGUGGACCUUCAUGGAGAAAGAAAACAUGUUCUAUCAGUAUGAUAUGCAGGAUCUAUUUGUCAACGAUGUGUUGGGCUCCAUACAUCAUGGCGUUCCUGCAAGUCAUGCCCAUCCUCUACUCCCAUCCCCACGUCUGCCACCUCCACCACCUCCUCCAGGCGCCUAUAUCCCAAGAAUACAUGGAGUACCACCACCCCCACCUCCACCGCCGCCUCCACCACCUCCUCCUCCACCACCUCCACCCCCGCCGCAACAUGGAGCUUGCAUUCCAAUAAUACAUAAGGCGCCACCGCCGCCGCCACCGCCACCGCCACCGCUUUUCCGUCCCCCGCCACCACCGCCCCCACCGCCAUUGCUAGAUACAUACCCUAGAGUGGGACUCAUCGGCCAGGAGUAUCAGAUGGCACUGGCCGACCUUGGCCGUUUAAAGAGGGAGUUCAACUCCCUACGGUUUGAACAGUCUAGACUCCUCGAUACCGGUCCCCGUCCAAGCCUGACCAGCCCCAACGAGAUUACCGAACCUUCAGGAUCAUCGGGUUUCUUUGACAGAUAUAGCGCCUUAUUGGAGAAAAUUGCCAGCUAUGAAGUCAAAGCCCAGCGGCUGAAGCAGGAAUCGAUGAAGUAUAGCAACCUCGACACAUUAUUGAGUCGCCGGAUGUCCGAUCCAAGCCACCAGGACUUACGAGCAGUGCUAUCGUUCGACACCGUUACUAGAGCUCAGACCGAUGGCGCGCUUUCCACCGCUAUGGAUGAUCCGGCUACGAAGCGCCGCAUGGGCGAUUGGCUUUUAGAUUGUCUCAAGAGCAGCGCGAUUCAGAGGACAGUCUACCUCAACAUCCUGGAUGGGUUUGGCAUCGCCGUUUCCGACCGUAAUUCUCUAGCCAACUGUGCUGAAGAAUAUUGGCCUCUUGAAUUAACAGAUCGGGCCGAUGAACCUGCCAGAGGAUCCGUUUCAGCGAACGACGACAUCGAACAGCAUAUUGAACAGGAUACCGGAUCAGCUUCUAAUACCCCUCCGCCGGAGAAAACGCCGGCUUCUUAUAGAGCUAACACCAAGAGCGCAAUAUCUUUGGAGGCUACUAGGGACAUUGCGAAUUUGGAGGAAGGCAAUCGCGUAUACGACUACCUUGGCAUGAUUGGACAAUAAUGUCUAGAAUUGUGGGCUUUGCCUUCGGCGCGUAGCUCACGAUGUACUACUACCUUUUUGGCCUUGGCCUUUUUUACUGCAUCGGAUGGUCGACUCAUAGGUGACUGGAUUCGCUUUUUUGGAGCAUCUGUCCUUCGGGCCCGCCUGCGGUUUUCAUGAAUCAUGCCUCUAUAUCCUUUUUUUUCAGCGGCAUCAAAAUUCGAGACGAUCGAUCGGCCCUUGGCAUAGGAGAAACUGAUC